AUGCCAACUCUGGAAUCAGUGGCUAACAUAGGCAGCUUCUCGUCAAGUUCUAACACUGCCAACUUCGGCCUUUCCAAGUAUCUCCUGAUCCCAAUUUCUGUCAAAUUAUGCUACUUUCAGACCUCCAGUUCCAAUACCCAUAAGGUGGUGACCAGCUCAGAGAAGUACAAGAACACCCGAGUAUUCCAAAAAUUGUCCGAUAUCAGCACCAACUCCGACUUAUUCGUUCGGAUUCAAGUGCUCGACGGAAACCACAACCCAAUUGCCUCCGAAGUUCAAACGCCAUACAAAGUCUUCUCCAGCAAUAAACGGGUGUGGAAUACAUACGUCAGGCUUCCAGUGGAUUACCACCAAGUGGGAUACGGUGCGUACAUUCGAUUUACUGUGAUGGAAAUUGUCGAAACGACAGCAUCUGUCUAUGGAACGGGAACAUUGUCUCUUUUCAACCACGAGAACGGAACACUAAGAAAGGGCUCCUACAAGGUUGCAAUCGCACCGGGAUUAGCUGAUGAGAAGGAUAAGGUGGUAUAUGGAGACAUAAAGGGCACUUCGGUUAUUGAAAAGCAUAUCAUUGACUAUGAAGAUGGGGAACACCCGAAGAUUUCAUGGCUUGAUAACCUAUCACUUCCAGCAGUGGAAAAGCUCAGAGCAUCAAUGGCUACUUCCGGGGAUACAGAAGAAGUACCAUAUUACUUGUACAUGGAACUUCCGAACUUUCUGUUGCCCAUAGUGUACCUGGAUGUCAACUGUUGGGUGCCUGAAGUUGUUCCCCUGUCAAAUUACAUGGAUGAGGUUGUGGCCAACGAGACCGGGCCACUAGCUGCUGGAAUGGUGAUAAGAUCAAUAGAGAUUCCAACUACAAAGAGUGAGGACUUGCAAUUGGCCAAGAUUUACGACCCCAGCUUUCAUAAACUGACAUUGGACAGCUUCAACAACACUGAGGCCAAUGAACCAGGUCAGGUGGGUCUCCAGGGUGUUGUGGCCGGUCAAAACGUGUUGGAAGUGGAUCCCAUUGAGCAGAAAUUCCAAACACUAGCCACGAAUGUCAACAAUACCUCCCUCCUUGAUAAAGAAGUCAAACCUUCUCCUCAAAUGCGUGACGAGCUCUGGAAGAUCUUGAAGAAACCUUCUAGUGCUGUUCUAAAUGACCACGACAAACGUCUCCUUUGGAAAUUUCGCUAUUACUUUUCGAAAAACUCACUUUCCGAUGAUGGCACACCAGCAGCAGCUCCUCUGCAAUCCACCAAGCAGUUUUUAACCAAAUUCCUCAAAUGCUUCAAUUGGGAGAAUGAAUACGAGCUUGAUCAUGCUUUUAAAGAAAUCCUUCCUUACUGGUCCGUGGACAAGAUAGAUAUUGGAGAUGCCCUCGAGCUUUUAAGUAACAGUUUCAGCCCAUAUACUCUUACUGCAUCUCUUCGCCGAAGAAUGAUCUCCACGACCAACUCCAAUGCCAAGGAUAUCAACACGAACGAAGAAAAGAAGAUAAACAAGAUUUACGCCUAUGCCAGAAAACUCAGAGUGUUUGCUGUGGAUAGACUUCGUCAGGCAAAUCCCGAUGAACUUCUCUUGUAUUUGCUCCAGCUAGUCCAGGCACUCAAGUACGAAAGCGUGCUGACAGAAGGUGGAGAUGCUCUUAAGGAGGCGCCGCUUGCCAAAUUUUUGAUUGAGAAGUCUGUUCAGAAUGGUAAACUUGGAAACUUCUUCUACUGGUACGUGAAAGUUGAAAACGAGGACCAACUAAGCAGCUCACAGACGCAAAGCAGCACAAUUAUUGGCCCAUCUCAGAAGGGUGCCAACCAUUCUAUCUACCAAACAGUUCUCAACACUUAUAUCGAGCAACUAAAGGAACACUGUCAAUUGAGCAGACUGCCGGAAUACAAGUACUUGAAGAUGCAAAUUAACUUCAUUAAGAAGCUCACAAGUCUCGUUGAACUUAUCCGGACAACCUUCAAGAAAAAUGAGGCUACAAGCAAGAAGGUCCAAUUUCUUCAAGAUUAUCUUGCGGACAACUCUAAUGAGAUGCUCAAGUUUCCUCAUCCGUUCCCAUUGCCCUUGGAUCCAUCGGUGAUGAUCUGUGGAUGCUACCCAUUGGAAUCCUCGGUUUUUAAAAGUUCCCUUUCUCCAUUGAAAAUCACCUUCAAGACCAUAACCAACUACCAAGAGCAGCAGCAACAUUCAUCACAGAUAUUCAGCUCCAAGAAGAAAAAGUACGGAAAAUACGCUCUCAUGUUUAAGAUUGGAGAUGAUCUUCGUCAGGAUCAGUUGGUGAUACAGAUCAUUACGUUGAUGGACCAACUUUUGAAGAACGAGAAUUUGAACUUGAAGCUCACUCCAUACAAGAUUCUUGCCACGAGUCCUGUGGCAGGCUUAAUCCAGUUUGUUCCCAAUGAGACCUUGGACUCAGUGCUCUCAAAAUCCUAUGCUGAUGUGUCUGGUGUUGGACAAGUACAGGGAAGUUCAGCAUCUGCCCCAACAGGCACUGUGGCUGGCAAUGGAAUUUUGAGCUAUCUCCAGCUACACAGUCGAAAACUACAACACGAAGAGCCAGAGGCAGAAAGUGUUCUUGGAAAAAAGAAGAAUUCCGUUCCUACAGAGCAACAGCAGCAAGCUAUUACUAGCGAUUUAGGAGUUUCCCCUAUUGUCAUGGACAACUACGUGAAAUCAUGUGCCGGCUAUUGUGUGAUUACAUAUAUCUUGGGAGUGGGAGAUCGACACCUCGAUAAUUUGCUCCUUUCUCCCAACGGAAAGUUCUGGCACGCUGACUUUGGUUACAUACUCGGUAGGGACCCCAAGCCCUUCCCACCUUUGAUGAAACUUCCAAUUCAAGUCAUCGACGGUAUGGGCGGCAUGGAUCACGAAAAUUUUAAUAUUUUCAAGAGCUACUGCUUCAUUACCUACACGACGCUCCGCAGAAACAGCAAUUUGAUUCUUAAUUUAUUCCAGUUGAUGUUGAACGCGAAUAUUCCUGAUAUCCAGAUCGACCAAAAGCGAGCCGUUGAGAAGGUCGAAGACAAAUUUGCUCUCGAGAUGACUGAAGAAGAAGCCAUCUUGCAUUUCCAGAAUCUCAUCAGCGAUUCCGUGAAUGCGUUCUUACCUGUAGUUAUUGACGCACUUCAUAGUUUGGCUCAGUACUGGAGAGCAUAA